CAGUUAAUUUUUUUCCUCAUCUUUUCCAAAAAAAAAAAAAAUUCUAUCCAAAACGAGAAACGUCAUACGUCAUAAAGAAAACUUUGUGAAAAAAUCGGAAAAAAGCGAAAAAUUCUUUGAAAAAAAACCAACAAAAUCAUCCACAAACCAAAUCAAAACCACUCAAUACUAUUAUAAAAAAUGAUUUAAUUGUUAAAUUAUAUGAAAAACAAUACGAAAUAUACCAAAGUUUAGAAACAUAUUUACGUAGAUAGAUUUAGUUUUUUUUUCUUUUCAUUCUUUAAUGUUUAUUCGUAGCAAACAUACUUUAUUAACUAAACAACAAUACGAUAUUGUUAAAACGGAUUUUAUCCGAAUUUAUUGUUCCCAAAUUAACUAAGUAUACGAAAAGUUUAUUUUCAAUACUUGGUUUAAGUGGAUUCGCUUGAGAAUCCGGUGUAAACAGACUUUUGCUACGUCGUAAACGACCACAACGACGUCGACCAUUAUUCUCGCAAAAGUGUUUAGUUAAGCGAGAAGAGAAGAUCUUGGUGUUUUUUACCUCCCCUGAAAGAUCGUUUAGCUUUGGCCAACAAGAUAUUAACUCGACGGGCAAAACACAUGAUGUGGUCGUUCUUCUCGCGCGACUCCUCCAAAGAGUUCCCCUACGAGAUUGGCGAACAAGUGCCCGGUUACGAGACACGUUCGAUAUGGUCGCAACACAAAGCGAAACGAAAGUCAACGAACGAGGAGGUUUCGGUGUUUGUUUAUGACAUCAAAAACGGUUCAGAUGCCAAAUUCGAUUUGGCCAAAGCCGCAGUGAAACGGCUAAAGACGCUUCGUCAUCCAAGUAUUUUGCAAUUUUUAGACAGUUUGGAAACAGACAAAGUUUUGUAUGUUGCCACAGAGGCAGUGGAACCAUUGGGAACGCAUAUUACCAAGUUGGCUUCGGAUGGACCACAAAAAGAUUUAUAUUUGGCUUGGGGAGUAUUUCAAAUUACGCGAGCUCUUUCAUUCCUUAACAACGAUGGUAAUCUAAGACACAAUAACGUGUCUGUUUGGUCGGUUUUUGUAAAUGCUUCGGGAGAAUGGAAAUUAGGAGGUUUGGAAUACGUGUCACCGGCUGAUGGUAAUCCAAUGCCUCCGAUUAAGAUACCACCAGCUUUAGAGGUGUAUGAUCCACCAGAGAAGAAUGAUCAGACAAAACUUAAAGCAGCAACUAAGUGCUCCGUUGACAUGUGGGGUUUGGGAUGUCUUGUAUGGGAAUCUUUCAAUGGUCCAUUAAAAGUACGUGGCAAUUUAAAGGAUAUCGACAACGUUCCAAAGUCUCUACAAUCUUUAUAUUGCGAACUUGUUGGUGCAUCGCCAUCUAAUCGGCCAAAUCCAGCUGAUAUUAUUACACGUUGUCGCAAACCUGGAGGAUUUUUCAAAAACGAUUUAGUCGACACUCUACUGUUUUUGGAGGAAAUUCAAAUAAAGGAUAAAGCUGAAAAGAAUCGAUUUUUCAGUGGUUUAACCGUACAUUUGGAGAAUUUCCCUGAGAAUGUUUGCAAGCACAAAAUACUUCCUCAGUUAAUAACAGCUUAUGAAUAUGGAGAUGCUGGAUCAGCAGUUCUUGCUCCAAUGUUUAAACUAGGAAAAUUAUUAGAUGAAAACGAAUACCAAAAGCGAAUAGUUCCAUGCGUAGUGAAACUUUUUGCAUCGACAGAUCGUGUUACUCGGUCUCGAUUGUUGCAACAAUUGGAACUCUUUAUUGCCCAUUUGCAACCACAAGUAGUAAAUGAUCAGAUAUUUCCACAAGUCGCACAUGGCUUCCUCGAUACGAAUGCUACAAUUCGAGAACAGACAGUUAAGUCUAUCAUCCACUUAGCUCCAAAACUAAACUACAAUAAUUUAAAUGUAGAAGUUUUGCGACAUUUUGCACGCCUUCAAGCACGAGACGAUCAAGGAGGCAUUCGAACCAAUACAACAGUUUGUUUAGGAAAAAUUGCUCCACAUUUACAUCCACAGGUGCGACAACGAGUUCUAGUAUCUGCAUUUAUACGUGCCAUGCGGGAUCCAUUUCCACCAGCGCGGGUUGCUGGUGUAUUAGCAUUAGCUGCGACUCAACAAUAUUUCCUAUUGAGUGAGGUCGCAAAUCGUGUUUUACCUGCCUUGUGUUCGCUAACUGUCGAUCCAGAAAAAUCUGUGCGAGAUCCAGCGUUCAAGACAAUUCGUGGUUUUUUGGGAAAACUUGAAAAAGUUUCUGAAGAUCCCAGUUUACGAGAAACAAUGGAGGCUGAUGUUCACACUGCAACGCCUUCAAUUGGCAAUGCCGCUGCCACUUGGGCUGGUUGGGCGGUAACUGCCGUAACGGCGAAAUUCUAUCGAAGCCAAAGCGAUUCGUCAAGGCCGCGACCGCCACUCACAGGUCGGAAUCUCUCAAAACCAGCAUCAUUAGAACAACCAUCAAGUAGCAGCUUAUCGACAACAACGUCUAGUGUAACAUCAAUGACUUCUUUGGAACAUGAAAGUAAUGACACAUCAGCAUCUGCCAGCGAUUAUGGAGCAGAUAAUUGGGAUAACGAAAAUUGGGGUGAAAUGGAUACAUCACAGGAUCCAAGUAGUCCUCUAGCUGGUGUUGUUCCAAAUAGUGGACAAUUAAAUGCUGCUUCUGCAUUGGCAGAUGUUCGAGAUGGUUGGGAUAACGAAGAAUGGGGGAGCCUUGAAGAAGAUCCGAUCGAAGAACAGGAACAAGAGCAAGAGCAAAUACAACAAAAUCAACAUUAUAAUGAUGUCGAACCAAAUAAUAAAAUUCAACAGCAGCAACAACAGCGACCAAACGAUUUGCCUAGCGUGUCGAACGCACUUACAAAUUGCAACAAUAUCAGUCCAGUUCACGGCGAUGACGGACAUGGACACAUAAACAAUACCAACAAUGCCAAUUGGAAUAGUGACUCAUGGGCCGAUGGCGAAUUCGAACCUAUCGAUGAUGCUCUUACCGGAAAUCCAAAACUUGAUGAAGCUCGAAGAAAACGAGAAGAGAAAAAGCUCCAACGUCAACGAGAAUUGGAACAACGUCGAGCUCAGAGAGGUCCAAUGAAGUUGGGUGCUAAAAAGCUUUAAAAUAUAAUAUAAAAAAAACACAACAGCAAAAAAAAUCUUAUAGAACUUUUCAACAAGAUAUUAU